AUGCCCCGAUCUAAAAAAGGAACGUUCGUGAAAGCUUCGUUCCUCCGGAGACUUGAGGGUCUAAGGAGAGCAAGAGAAGCCCGUGCGUUAAAAGGUAAACAGGAUGUUGAAAAUGAUGGCCUAUGCUUGGAGAAUGAUUCUUCCCCUGUUCUACGAAGUGUUGAGUGUCAAAGUGCAGAAAGUUCAUGGCGUGUUGGAAGACGAAUUGUUGAACUUGGCACUCUUGUAGAUAAUCUGAAAAGAGGUUGCGCCAUGUGUGGGAAUGCACUUCAGCUUGUUAACACUAUAGGUGAAAGGAAAUUUGGACUAGGGCAGGUUCUUCAGAUAAAAUGCACACAUUCCACCUGUGCCCAUGUUAAUGACAUACCCACGGGCAGUAAGCAUAGGGUUAAAGCAGAUAUGAAGCAAUAUGCUUGGGAUGUCAACACAAAACUUGCUGCAGGUAUGCUAAAUGGUGGUUAUGGAAUAACUCAUGUAAAUGCAUUACUGGCUGCACUGAAUAUCCCAGGGAUCACAAACAGGAGUCUAAAAAGCAGAGAAAGAGAGGUUGGGGAACACCUAGAGGAAAUGGCAGGGCAGAGUUGUAAUAAAGUUCUUCAAGAAGAAAUGAAACUGAGUGAUGGAGACAUCACUGUGUCUUUUGAUGGUGCCUGGCAGAAGAGAGGUACUGGUAGAGGAUACAAUAGUCUUACUGGUUAUGCAUCUCUAGUAGGAGAAAAAACUAAAAAGAUAGUAAGUUUCUCUUCGAAGAGUAAAAAAUGCAGAAUUUGCUCAGCUGCAUCAGGUAAAGGAGUUCCACCCAGAAAACACAACUGCCGAAGGAAUUGGCAUGGAUCGGCAAAGGCAAUGGAGCCAGCCAUGGCCUGUGAAAUGCUGAGUGCAAUCCAAGAUGAAGGGUGCAAGAUAGGAACUUUAGUCAUGGACAAUGACUCAACAACUAUUGCGCAUGUAAAAGCCACUGUGGACCCAACCAUCAACAAAAGAGCUGACAAAAACCACACAAAAAAAGGUUUCACAGGAGCUUUGAUUGAGCUUGCCAAUACUCACAAAGUUUUGAAAAAUCAAAAACUUAGAGGUCACAUUGAAAGAUGUUUUACAUAUUGUGUACAGCAAAACAGGGGCAAGGCUAAAGAGCUUGAAUUGAACUUGGCAAAAUUGUUCCACAUUUAUAUGGUAAGUGUAUCAAUAAAAAAGUCAUUACAAAAUUAGGAAUGAAGAGUGAAAAUAUUUUAACUACUUUUUUUUUUGAAG